AUAUCAACUUUGACUAACGUUUGUUUAUUAGAAGCUGCUGAGGAAACAAAAGCUGCUAAGCGAGCAUCCGCAUCAACACGGAGGCAAAUGUGAUAAAUGUUAGAAUCCGACAUGUUUCAGGUUAUAAAUGUUAGAAUCCGACAUGUUUCAGGUUAUAAAUGUUAGAAUCCGACAUGUUUCAGGCAAUUGACGACACAAGUCAAAAGUGCCGUGGGUGAAAAGAGGAGCCGAACAUGUUACGUGCCGAGUUUAAAGUAAACGCCAGAAGCAAAGCUAGUGGGAUUAACAAUGGCGCACAGGGGUGUCAAAUUUGUUUUUUUUUGCCACGGGCCAAAUUGUACUCAGUUCCCCUCCCUCAGAGGGCCAUUAUGACUUUGGAACCAUACAAAUAUUUAAUCGCCACAUUUUAUCACACACACAACAAAUGUUAGUCAUGCUAGUUUUGAAAUCAGAAGUAAAGUAUAACAGUUUGUUCAACUAUUGAAGUUACUGUUCGAAAAAGGGUAAAAAGGGGUUUGGUAACAAAAAAUAUGCUUGUAAUAUCUCAACAUUAACAAUUUGAAAUUUUGGUCCAAAUUUUUGUUAGAAUCACGGAAGUUGACACACGAUUUGCCUUCGAGGGCCACAUGAAAUGAUGGGGUGGGCUGGAUCUGGCCCCCGGGCCUUGAGUAUGACACGUGAGUUAGCAGCUAGCACCUUAGCCGCCAGAGAGCUGUCACUUCCAAUUUGUUAAAAUUAAUUUCAAAUUUUGCUGUGUGCUCACAAAAUUAGGGGUUAAGGGUCAAAUGGCGUGUUCUAGCGCACCGGCUGUCCGUAAAUCUACAAUUAGGAGCUGUAAUCCCGAUAAAAUUCAAAUUGGGCACCCUUUUAACCUAAAGGUUGGGCGACAUAACAAAGCGCUGCCUUUGAUGACUUUCAUGCCGCUUUUCGGGCUCAUUUUGUCCCGCGGCUUCUGGGUGGACGCCCCAUGCCAGGAAGAUUUCCACACACUUCGCAGGUUCAGGCACCUUGGUGAGCAAACAGCUGGAGAUUUAAGGCAAACAGCAUGGAGCACCGUCAGCAGCUGCCCACCGACGAGGACAACAAGUGGGACAAGCUGCUGGACAACAUCCUGAAGUCGGCCGACACCAUCCUGUGGGGCACCACACCUACCCGUCCUCUGCCCACUGCUACGGCAGCGAGCGAGCCCAAAGGGGCCUUGGAAUUGCCGCCCCUGGCGAACGAUGGAGAGCACAUUGAGCCGCUGAUGGACGGGCAGCCCUCGGAUAUGGACGACGAGCUGUCGAAUGUUCUGGACGACUUUUGGUUGCCCGACUAUCUGGGCGGUCAACCGGGCUCUAUCCACAUCCAGGACCAGGACGACAACGCCAUGAUGAUGCCGGUGUACGAAGGUGUGAACCAGGCUCCUCCUCCUGUAAGGCUCAAUGACGAGGUAACAUGUGGGGCAGCGGCGGCGGCGGCGGCGGCGGGGGGGUCGUCCUCCUCUGACUCCACUGAACCUCCGAUGAUGAUGCAGCAGGAAAGGGAUCGGCCGUACAUCAAGAAGCCGCCCAAUGCCUUCAUGCUGUUCCGCAAAGAGCAAAGUCCUAACGUGGUCUCCCAGUUCAACAUCACCAACUCUGCGGUGGUCAAUAAAAUUCUGGGAAAGAUGUGGAAGUCGCUGCCAAAGAAGCUGCAGGCCAAGUACUACCAGCAGGCCGAGGAGCACAAAGUCCUCCAUAGCCUGCAGCAUCCAGAAUGGUCCUGCACGGAAAACUACGGCAAAAAGAGGAAGCGCGAUCGCAGCAGGCACAGCGCCUGCGUCUCAAAAUCACUGGAGGACGUCGCCCCGGGGGUGGAAUGUUGCUGCGCCGCCAUGGGCAACGCCCCUGGCGAGGACGCGCCGUGCCAUCAAUACCACAAGAGCGUCGCGGGGGACACGCACACAUACGCGCAAACGCGUGGCUGCUGACGCCACCACGGAUUGGGACAAGGCGCAGGUCAGGAGGAGGACACUCGCGUCCGAGACAUUCACGAGUGGCGCUGGAACGCGAGACAACGGUGACGGACACGAUGUCUUCACCGCAAACAUGGUGGCCUCUGCGGGAACAAAGCAAUGAAGGGUUGAAUAAAAUAUUUUCAUAGGCCA